AUGGCGACGCAAAGACGAGAACACCAACACCGAGAGCGAGGAGACGAAGGAGAAGAUGUGGUCGAUCUGGAAAAUCAUCGUCCGCAUCCGUCCGUGCUCUUAUCGUCGUCCACCACCCCGUCGCCGCCGAAGAAGAAAAGGGGGCAUCCAUUUUCCUCCGCCUCGAUGAACGAAACGAAUACCGGGGACGACGGGAAAGAACAAACGUCUCACGCGUCUUUAAAAGUCCUCUGUUACUUACUCAUCUUCAUCGCCUCCUUCGUGUUUUACGAGGACUUACUCGUCGCUCGAGUGGCGGUUCGGAAACAUUUCUUCGGCCUCGAAUCCGGCGUCGGCGCGUCCCAGCUUCUCGGGGAAGAGGAACCAGAGUCGGAUUUGAUUGACACGAGGACUGGGAAAUUAGACCUGAACUUGAGGCACAUUUCGAAGCGGAAGCGCGAACGCGUGGAGACGAUCGAGGAGCACAACGAGAAAGAACUCAUCGAUCGAGUGGGGUUAGAUAAAGCGGAGGAGAUCGUAGAGGAAGAGCAAGAGGAGAAGGAAGGCGCGGAGAUGGCGUUACAGAUUGAGAAGGAAGAGGAAGAGAAGAAGAAGAGAGAGAAGGAAGAGGCGGAGGCGAGGCGGAGGAUCGAGGAGGAGGAAGAGGAAACGCGGAGGAAAAAGGAAGAGGAGAAGAAGGAAGUGUUAGAGAGAGAACGUAGAGAGAUGGAAGAGAUGGGAAGGGCGAAAGAGGACGCGAAAGAGGACGAGGAGAAGAAGGAAGCGUUGGAAGAAGAAGAGGCGAAGAAGCAGUCGGAAGAGAGUAAGAGUAGUAGAGAUGAUAGAAAUACUAACAACAUUAAUUUAGGAGAAGAACCAGAACAUUUUAGCGAGAAGACGAAAGAAGGGUCGUACGUUAGAGCGACGUCGCAUUACGGUCUCAGUUGGUCACCGCCGGCGCCGACGGCGCCGCCGACGCCGACGAUUCCCAAAGUCGUCGAAGAGGCGGUUGAAAUCGGCGACUCGACCGCCAUCUCGUUAGAAGACCAGGCGCCGAAUUUCGAUAUUUUUACCGGUGGGGCGUUGCCGCUGAGCGAUCCAGAAGACACUCCGGAAGAACACGAAUGGCGGUCGAUCGGACAGGUGAUGCCGAUCAACGGUAUGGAUUUAGAUUUCCCGGGGAACUUGAAAGUCGCCGCCGAGAGGAGAAGUUUUCGAAAAGAGAUUAUUUUGUUCGUUUCGAACAGAGGAGGGAACCAUUUAGCCGCGAAUACGGUCGCAAAUUUACGCAAACUUGGGUUUGAGCAUUACAUUCUAAUCACAAAUACGGCGGAGACGUGUUACGAUUUGCUCAAAGGCCCGUGGGGCGUCGAUUGCGGAUGGACUUCGUUUUUACAAAAUCGGGCGAAACAAAUGGGCACAUUUCAAGUCACGGCGGAAGAACAAGCGACGCCGUUUCGUUUGUGGUGGGUGCGAUUUCAUUACAUGGAACGAUUAGUUGGGAUGGGAUAUAACCCGAUGUACGUAGAUACGGACGUACGUUUUGAAAUGAACCCGUACCCAUUGUUGAAAUCGCCUCCGUUUGAUAAGUUUACCUUAUUCGCUCAAGACGAAAACGGACAUCCGGGUGGUUUGAACAUUGGAUGCGUAUACGCGCAAAACGCGCCUGAAUUUGGCGUCACUCGAUGGGUUCUCAACGAAACCGUCUCGAGAAUGCUUCGAAUUAUCGACACAGAGCCGCCGUUACAGAAAUGGAACGGCCAAGUCGCCGCCGGCGCCAAGGAAACGUUGUGGGAUCAACACAUCUUCAACGACGUCGUAGAAACCGCAGUUUCCGGUAAACCGGUGUUCAAAAGGUCCAUGCAACGGUUGAUUGACCCUGGAGAUGGGAACCGACUGCGCGAUGAUUGGGUGAAGAACCAAAACUACGACCAUUCGGCGUGGGAUUUAUCCAUGGAAAAGAUUGACGAAAAAGUCUUGCCGCUCGGUUUGAAAGACGUGGACGUUCGACCGAUGAAAGUGGAUGACACGUACGAAAUCAAAUCAAAAAAGUUUCAAGGGUUGAAAGGUUUUUCGCCAACAGAAAACGGGAAGGAUCCGAACAAAGACGAAUACGUCUGCGGGUUCCCUCCUUGGUUCGUUUCCGGUUGGUCCGGCAUCGCCGGUCCGGCGCAAGUCCAAGGCCAACCGGGGUACUGGACGGCGAAACCGGCGAGGAUUGUCAUGGGCCACGCCGUCGGCGCUUUACGAAAAACGACCACGUUCAAAGGUCUCGGAUGGUGGAACUACGGCGCCGAAGCGUAUAAGCCGUACAAGUUACAAAAUGUGGAGGAAAAAUUAGGUAAGAAAGGCGUCCUCGGUUUUAUCGGUUUGAAAACGAACGAAGCGAACGCAAUAGUCGGCGUAGAAUCGCACGGUUUAUCCGUGGCCAGGGUUGUUGAAAUCGCAACGUCUGCGGGGAGAAGGCCAAUCUCACCGACUGUGCCGUGCGAUGCGCCUUGGAUCGAGAAGAACCCGUCUGCCAUGCACGGCAUCAUGAUGCGGCACCAAAUCGUUUUGUCCCAACUCUGCGGUCGCGAACGCAACGAGAUGUGCUGUCAAAGUUUAAACUUUGAUUGCGACGAAGGCGUCAUGCUCGAAGUUGAUUUCUGGAACGACCCUCGAUACGCACGAUUUCGCGAUGACAUUAUCGUCGUCUCUGCGAAAGAUGUAGUCAACGACAGUGGGAACGAGAUUGAUUUAUCGACGAUUGAAGUGAAAAUCGAUUCGUUAUCGCAAGGGAAGAAAACUGUCUUCGUCGACCUCGCCGCGUUGGAAGAUUCUUCCAUCGUUCCCAAAGGCGUCGGCGAAGCGAAAUACGUUCCAGAGAGAGACGCAAUAUUCGCCACGUGCGAUAGAUUAGACUGUCGACCUCCGAAUAAACCGUUCCCGUCCGAACACGAACCGUGCAGAAGAGUUACGAGUUAG